AUGGUAUUCCCAAGCCAGGCGUGUUUGACUUGCAAAAACCGCCGCAUCAAGUGCGACGCCGCUAGACCUGCCUGUAGCCGCUGCAGCAAGGCAGACCGGCGCUGCGUCUGGUCCAAUGCAACCAGAGCGGGCGGUUUGGUGUUCAAAUGCGAGAACGCACAUGCUGAGGGUGAAGCGAGACGCCCACGCAAAGCGCCGUCUGUCGCUCCUCGGGGUCUUCCAGCUGUACAGAUCCCGGGCGCAUUGCGCGAGUCAAUUGAUACUCAUGCACUCAACUUUUGGGUCCGGAACUGGACAGAUCGACCCAGUGACAUUCCGGACAUCGGACACGAAUAUCUCACCUACAUUCCAAGUCAUUGGGAAACAUGUCACACGGGCUCGAGUCUUCGGCUAGCCGUGUCUGCCCAAUCGUUAAUGGUCUUUGGGCGGCUGCAUAAUGUCCGCCAAGCAAUGGCAGAAGCAGGCAAAUACUAUGCCCAGGCGAUACGGAAGACACAAUCCGACAUUCAGACUCUGGCCCAUGCCGAUAUCGACGAACUUACAACCACGUACAACCAUCGGAUUAAGUCAACGAAUUCCCAUUCCGAUGUCGCUGAUGAUGGGGCAGGCUCUCGUUAUUGGAAGCAUGUCUGUCACUACCUGGGAACAGCAGGGAUUUUGAAGACCAUGAAAACAGCAGGAGGACAGUAUUCGUUGAAUUUGCCCCUAUAUCGGGCUGUUCGGCGACCAAUCGUCCGAGCAGCCAUUCUCCGUGGCAUGCCUGUUCAACAUUGGCUUCAGGAUGCUGCGGCGUUCGGGGAAGAAGGUCCUGCAUUACAGUUAGACUCAUUGAUGAUUCGUAUUGCGGAACUUCGAGUGACGGCAUCAAGUUUGUUGCAUUCAGUGCCACACAGUACACCAUCUGUUGAAACGUUGGUGGCUCUGUUGGCCAGGAGUCUAGAACUAGAUUCUGAUCUCUCAGCGUGGCCACACAAGAUCGCUAAGGACUUUGAAUACUCAGUUCUUCCAUUGCCCCAAAAAGGCAAAGGCAUGCCACCCUUUUGCGGCAAUAUCGCCCACAACUAUCGAUCGUAUAGCCAUGCAUCCGUUUGGAACAGGUAUCGUGCUGUUCGCAUGAUUUCCAAUAGCUUGGUCUUGCAAGUUAUAGACGCCAUUUCGAGUCUUAUGAUCGUGGCGCCAGCUACCAUUGUUCAGUCACGGGCAUCCCUAAACACAAUCCGUCGUCUGGCAAGCGAUAUUUGCCAGUCUCUUCCAUACUACUUCAACUUUGGAUAUCCGACGAGUGACAACAUGAUACCAAAGGUCCUCACCCCGCUAUCUUGGCCCUUGGCCGUGGCCAUCAGCAUCAAGGGUGUACCUGACAACGAGAUGUAUUGGUUCAAAUAUACACUGCAAGCUGUUGCAGGAGCCCUGAGUGAUAGCGUGCUGGAAAACAUUGCGCAAGGACAGGUGUUCAAAUUCUGA